AUGACAUCCAAUGCUGCUGAAUCAUUCAACAAUUGGAUUAAAGAAGCACGAAAUCUUCCAAUAACAAAAUUGGUUGAUACUAUCCGGUAUCAAAUAAUGUGUCAAAUGUCAGAGCGAAGGGAUAUUGCAAACAAGUGGAAUGGAAUUAUUUGCCUUACCUUUGAGACUAACUUCCAAAAUUCAUUUAAUUCUAGUACGUCAUGGAAUGUGAGUAAAGCUAAUGAUGAUGUGUUCGAGGUGCAUUCAUUUCCAUCAGUUACGGUUGAUGUUGGAUGCUGUGUUUGUUCUUCCUACCAGUGGCAAGUCAAUGGAUUUCCUUGUGAACAUGUUGUUGCAGCUAUCCAAAGGUGUGCAUAUAAUCUUAAUGAUUAUGUUGAAAAAUAUUUUCAUGUAGAGAAUUAUAGGGAAGCAUAUGCAGCGGCUAUUUUCCCAAUACCAUCUGUGGAGAAACCAGAUUUUUGCUCUAGCGAUUUCAUCAUAUUACCUCUAAUUGUAAAAUGCCCAGCUGGUAGGCCGAGAAAGAGUAGGAUACCAUCUCGAGGGGAAAAAUUAAGUCAAAUCAGGUGUGGCAGAUGUGGAAAGAUGGGUAGGCACAAUCGGAAGUCGUGUAAAGAACCAAUACAGAGUUAUAUUGGUUGA